UUCUGAUGACGUCAUGCACUUGUGGACGCGGUAGUGGUGGUCCGUGCAGUCUGUGCAACAUUCGAGCAAAAAAGGUUCAACUUUUCAGCGGUUUUUGACAUUUACUUCUCACCAUGUCAUCUCUUCUUAAGGUCGACCGUGAAUUGAAGACUAGGGUGGAAACAUUCAGGGAGCAGAUCAGCAGUGAGGCCGAGCACCUGGUUGCCAGCUUUUUCCCUCAAAAGCUCCUAGAGUUGGACCACUUUCUCAAGGAGCCGAUCCUCAACGUGACUGACCUGAAAGAAAUCCAUUCAGAGAUCAAGUUCAGAGUCCCGGAGCCAAUUAUCUUCACUAACAGCCAUGAUGGUGUGGACACGAAUACCAAGAAGAGGAAACUAGAAGAUGGAGUCACUGAUGACAGUAGGCAAGGGGGAACAAAAAUGCUGGUGAUGCCAGAGGGGAUGCUGAAAUGUAACACCAAGCUGGUGGACCUGAUUGAACGAGUCAAACCAGAGAUCAGGACACUGAUUGAGAAGUGUAACACAGUGAAGACGUGGGUCCAGCUGCUCAUCCCCAGAAUAGAAGAUGGGAACAACUUUGGAGUCUCCAUACAGGAAGAGACAGUGGCAGAGCUAAGGACAGUGGAAUCAGAGGCAGCAUCUUACUUGGACCAGAUCUCCAGAUAUUACAUCACAAGAGCCAAGCUUGUCUCCAAAAUUGUCAAAUACCCUCAUGUGGAGGACUACAGGAGGACCAUAUCAGAGAUAGAUGAAAAGGAGUACAUCAGUUUGAAAAUCAUUGUUUCAGAGCUCAGGAAUCAAUAUGUGAUACUUCAUGAUAUGAUCCUGAAGAAUAUUGAGAAGAUCAAGAAACCCAGAAAUAGCAACUCUGAAGCUCUUUACUGAUAACCCCUACACACGCACGCACGCAUACACAAACACACACGCACACACACACACACACACACACACACACACAUACACACAUCCAAAACAUCAGCUGCAGGUCAGUUAGCUAGAAUUAGAAUUAAGCUAGAAUUAUUAGUCAGUGCUAGUCUCGCUUACCAGACCUUUCUCAAGAAAAGAAAGGUCUGGCUGGGCCGACUCUCACUUUAAGAUUGGAGAAAAAAAUGCCCCGGCUUUUUGUAUUUCUUUCAACCAAUCACAGUCGUUCUUGGCGGUGCCACAGCAACGGUGCGCUUGCAAAAAUAUUGCUGGGGGGAAACAGGUUUUGGUGUAACACGCCCACAAAAAUAUCGCCUACAGGACGCGAACCUUGGCAGAAAAAUGGCUACAUCCCCGCAAGAUCAAACACUGCAAAAGCUAGUAAAGGACAUGUUGAAAACUGCUACACAGCCGGAGGUGGUAGGGUGGGACUUCAGCGGGUGGCUCGUUCCGCCCAAUGAGAGGCUGAUCUAUGCAGCGAACUUCUGCCCACUCAGACUAAGUCAGUACUGACCAAUAAUUCUAGCUUUUUUGCAGUAGUCUACCUGAUGGUUUAGGGUUGUAUAACUCCAGGACAAUUCACAAUGUGUCAAAUAAGUUACUGCCUUUGGACUGAUAGCCUGCUGAUAUUCAGUACUGAAAACUUCAACAUGAAUGGUGCUCGCUACUUUAUAUGUAAAACCCCAGCUGUCUGGGUCAACAGUGAGCUUGAGGAAGCUAUAAAAAUGCAUUUGAAAAAAAUAUAUCAUCUACACGCACAUGCACAUAGUUUUCAGCUGUUGUGGGAUCCUCCUCUGUUUGUUUUUGGCCUUAUUCUGCAGUCACCUACAUACUUUCUGACAAGUAACCCUCAGUUUUGGCUUCCCAGAACUCUGGAAUCUGACCUCAGACUCUUUUUCCUGCAAGUAUCCCGACUCCAUGCUGCUGUUACAAAGACCACCUACAUGGCCUGCCUCCUAUCUGCUCCACAGGGACUGAAGCUCCAAGAUUCCUGCUGGUUUCUCUUCCUGUCUGAGUUGUUUGCUCUUGUGAAUGCCAUGCCUCUCCCAGGAUUUAUUACGUGUUUUUUCUUUUUUUUUGCUUCAUGUAGCCCAAAAAGAAACCUGGCUGGAUGUGUGUUCUUCUACAUAAUGUGCCUACAUGUUUCUAUCUGUUGUGAUCAAGCAGGCUUGAACCGGGUCUCAAAACAGUUUGUCAAAUAUCAAAAGUCAGGUUCCAUUUAGCUGUUACUAUUUUUUAUGUUUUAAAGGCCCUGCACAGCCCUGGUCAGGGGUAGGCAACCUGCGGCUCCGGAGCCACAUGCAGCUCUUUAGACCCUCUCCAGUGGCUUCUUGUGGCUUUGACAUAAAAGUAUCUGCAAACAAAUAUCAGUUAUUUUUUAACAUUCAGAUUUUCAUUUGUCAUUGUUGUAGGUCAAGAGUGAUUAUUGCAUUCUUCAGCUAUAAAAAUGUGCAGCCUAUACUCAAAUUAAAAAAUGUUUAAACGUUUCAUCAACUAAAAUGUGCUCCAUAUGUCUACGACCUGGCACUUUUCCUCUAAAUUUUGAAGAAUUUCAGUAGUGGUGGCAAGCCUGGAGUCUCUCUAGCAAGGCUAGCAAUGGAUUCCAAAUCCAAAAAAGGAAAAGUCUUGAAGGAAAAUAAAAGAUUUAAUCAUGUGUGGACAGAUUCAUUUGCUUUCACCACCAACACUGCAUAUAACUUAAUGAUUAGAAAUAACCCACUGCAGAGUAGCCACUUUGUAGUAAAUCAUAUUAAGUGAAUGCAAAAUGUGUUUUUUAUGUUAUUUUAAGUUUGUAAGCUAACAAAGUGGUAGUGGAACAGACCUCUGACCAUGCAUGCAUGCAGGUAAGGGUUUUUAUUCAUGCCAACUCAUAAUUCUUUCGAAUAAACUGGAAUGCAAGCCAUGUAGCCUGACCUAAAAUACACCCUGGCUGCAGUCAGACCUGAUAACACUGGGUAUCUUUAAAGAAUGGGGUGAGGUGUUUUACAGUCAUUAGUGUAAUAACCAACUCCCAUUCACUUUGUGCAAAGUUCUAUCGUUUUCAACUCUGACUUUUUUUUAAAUCCACUUUUCUUUAUAUUGGAAGCCUUGUACUAUUAUAAUUCAGCUGAAUUUUAGAAUGUCUUUCAACACAUAACAAGGACUAUGGGUUUUGUCCCGCUUCUCAUACAUUGGAAUCGCAUCAGGAAGGGAUCUCAUUGCCAGUAUGGACAGGAGGAACAGUUACAGCCAACAAUAUCUUUUUCAAUUCACAUAUGGUCAUCUGAUUACUGUAUUAAGAUAAAAAAUUGUUUUAGAACCUAUCAUUUGAUUUUCUCCUACGUUCAAACAGCAUGUUGAAUUUCAAAUAAAAAGUG